AUGGCGUGCGGGCUCUGGAAUGCAUGCCCUACUGUGGUUGUUCCCUUCUUUGGCGACCAACUAUUCUGGGGCGACAUGGUUGCAGCUGCAGGCGCGGGAGCAACUCUCAUCCCACACAGGAGCCUAGACAGUAGCAACCUUGCCCAAGCGAUAUCUUUCUGCCUGACGCCUGAAGCUAUGGUUGCAGCGCGCGACAUAUCAUCGCAGAUGUCUUCUGAGAAUGGUGUGCAAGCUGCUGCCCAGUCGUUCCACGCGAAUCUUCCACUCGAGGCGAUGCAAACACUACCGAUCAAGUUGUGCAAGGUGGCCGCUCAAGUGCUCAUAGAUAACGCUGUCUUCGGCGCAUCGGAUAUUAAAUUAUACGACACUCACCCCACUGUCAUCAGCAAUACACGAUGGGAUCCUGUGACAAGGCCAUCCUCCGCCUACAUAUCCUGGGUCCGCGAUACCACCGGCAUUAUCCGUUCGCCGAUAACCGAGCUUCGACGCUCGAACGCAGAGGGUGCCUCCGGAGGGAAGACAGCGGGCCGCAUGGCUGCAGCCUCGGCUAAGAAAUUCGGUCGUCUCUACAUGACCACCUUAAAAGGCUUAGGGGUGGAUAUCCCGUAUGCGUGCGCAGAGGGUUUCUGCGCGGUCCCCAGGCUCUACGGCGAAGAAGUUAAGGAUUACGGGGUUGUCACAGACUGGAGCAGUGGUUUAGAAGUGGCGGGCAAGAACUUCGCGUAUGGCAUAAAGGACGGCGUCACGGGUCUUUGGACCAGACCAUACGAGGGAGGCAAGUUGGAUGGUGCUCUAGGGGUGGCUAGCGGUGUUGGGAAAGGUGUGCUUGGAUUCGGGAGCAAGGUUGCAUCAGCAGGUUUGGGGCUGGUGGCAUAUCCUGGGCAAGGCAUCUGCAAAAGCAUACGUCACAUUGCGAAGUCGCACACUCGGAGGAACGUCAGGACGUGGAGAUUGAGAGAGGAGCAGCAAGCUCCUAAGCAUGGAUAG